AGAUGGCGUCAGCAGCUGUCAGUGACGUCACCAGCCAGGGCUGUGUGUAUGUGUGGAGGCUCAACAUAUCCUCCAAUAUUCCCCUUAAAUGGAGACUCUCUGACGAUAACUGUGACCCCGCAGACAUUCCCUGAAGGAGUACUGGGGCACUACAUGCAUUUGUCACAUGCCACACAAUAAAAACUGGCUGGCAGCUGUUUGAGACUCGGCAACUAUUUUUAAGUAGGCUAAGGGAAAGACCGUAUUCACACACCUCUCGAAUCGUGUAAGGUGCUAAGUGAAAGGUCAUGGGACACCGGCAUUCGAUGAUGCUGGUGGAGUCGGCUACAAGAUGAUGACGUGUAGCUGCAAACUCUGAGCGGGGGAAGUGAACGCAAGCCGAGAGAGGAGCCAAAAGACGGAAGGAAAGGGUAGGGGGUAGGAGAAAAUAUUUAUUGUUUUGAAUGACUGCAUAAACCGCCAAAUUGAGUACAUUCGGGCAUCCUCUCCUUCCCCUCAACAUGUCUGAUGAUGAGGAUAAGCCACCAGCACCACCUGUCAGACUAACUUCCACAAGGGCAGAACCAGUGAUGGCAGUAGACAUGCGGCCAUUACCGAAGGAACCAGAGUCAGAAAAGAAAAAGCAUAAAGGGCAUAAAGGGGGCAAGAGGCAUAAGGACAGCGACAAACCAAAUAUUUCCUAUCCAACCAACUUUGAACAUACAAUUCAUGUGGGGUUUGAUGCCUGCACAGGGGAGUUUACGCCUACAGGGGACCAUAGCAGUUGCCAGGGCAUGCCGGAUUCCUGGACGAAACUACUGUCCAUAUCCAACAUUAGUAAACAGGAGCAAAAGAAUAACCCGCAGGCCGUACUCGAUGUCCUUAACUAUUACGAUGCCUCCACCAAAGAACACCAAACUUCCAAGUUCAUGACUGUUACGAAGAAUGUCGACCCAUCACCCAGACCGAGUUUUCAGGGAGGAGUCAACAUUGGUUACCCAGCAACUCCGUCGCCUCACAAAAUAUCAGAUGCCUCGUCUGGGUCUCCUUCUACUCCUGAAACUUGCUCGGAAGUCAGUGAAAUGAUAUCAUUACUAAAUUGGCAGGUUCCUGAAGAGGAGGAGGAAGAGCCCCCACCUCCUCCUAUAGCAACUAGACCAGAACGUACAAAAUCUAUUUACACUAAACCUGUUGAAGAUGAAGCCAAUGCAAAUGGAGCCGCUUUGGAUAGCAAUCGAAAUCCACAAGCUACAAGUAUUACCCCAGCACCAGUGCCACCACCAACACCUCCCACAACAAAUACGAGUGCAAGUACAGCAAUAGAAAGGACAGCAGAGAAACAAAAAAAGAAGAAAAUGAGCGAUGAAGAAAUUUUAGAACGAUUGAGAAGUAUAGUGUCUGUCGGAGAUCCUAACCGCAAAUAUACCAAAAUGGAGAAGAUUGGCCAGGGGGCAUCGGGUACAGUUUACACAGCAAUUGAAACUGCAACGGGUGUGGAGGUAGCAAUCAAACAAAUGAAUCUCUCUCAACAACCAAAGAAGGAGCUUAUUAUCAAUGAAAUUUUGGUCAUGAAAGAAAAUAAACACCCAAAUGUUGUAAAUUAUUUGGAUUCCUAUCUUGUUAAUGAAGAUUUAUGGGUAGUAAUGGAAUAUUUACCGGGUGGAUCCCUCACCGAUGUGGUGACGGAAACAUGUAUGGAUGAAGGACAAAUAGCUGCAGUUUGCAGGGAGGUGCUACAGGCUCUUGAGUUCCUUCACCUUAGCCAGGUUAUACAUCGUGACAUCAAAUCAGAUAAUAUCUUGUUAGGAAUGGAUGGCAGUGUCAAACUUACUGAUUUUGGCUUCUGUGCACAAAUAUCUCCUGAACAGAAUAAAAGAACAACAAUGGUUGGUACUCCUUACUGGAUGGCACCAGAGGUGGUUACAAGGAAGCAGUAUGGCCCUAAAGUUGAUGUAUGGUCAUUGGGUAUUAUGGCUAUAGAAAUGAUAGAAGGAGAACCCCCUUACCUGAAUGAGAACCCUCUAAGAGCACUGUACCUGAUUGCGACCAAUGGGAAGCCAGAGAUUAAGGAACGAGAGAAACUGUCUCACGUUUUUCAGGAUUUCCUUGAUCAGUGUCUGGAUGUUGAUGUUGAUAGGCGGUCCACAGCCCACCAACUUUUAAAGCACCCAUUUCUAAAGCUGGCUCGACCCCUAUCAAGCCUCCACCCUCUUAUCGUAGCAGCAAAAGAAGCAGCCAAGAACCAUUAGCAGUGAGGCCUUACCAGAUAGCUACAACUGACUCCGCUUACAUAUGUAAUGCCAGCUCUGACCCUGGUUACGAUUGGACAUUGCUAUUCAUUACAGAAGCAGAAGUGCUUAUGGCAUUAUGGAUUAAAAGUUGGCAAGUAAGUGGGAGCAAUUUACCUUGCCCUACCAUUGCCAUUAUUGCUAUUCAAGUGCUGGCGUUUUCAGAAAUAGGCGGUCAGCCAGGUGAGAGAAAUGUACAAGGAUGCCUUAAUUAUCCAUUACCCAGUCUAUCAGAUACUGUGUUUAGUACCAAAUGAAUCUAUUGUCUUUCAAGGACUACACUAACACGAAUGUAGAUUAUUGAAGACAAACUCCUGAUAGUUUUUAAAUUAAUAUUGACCAUUUGUGUUUUAGUACAUAAUAGUUUUCAGUGGCAUAUGACAAAUGAACCUGAUUAUGAAACAGUGUGCACAGUAUGUGCAUGUUGACCCCACACUCUGUAUGUCCCUUACUUUAAGGGUACAAUUUUGCAGUUAUGUGGUUUAUUUUUUAAUACCGGUUUUUAAAGACACUGGGAGAGAGAGGGGAGAGGGAAAUCUCUCUUUUUAGCUGCAUUUUAGUGUUCGAGGCAAUCGUCAAAACCAAAUAGUUUUGUUAUUUUUUUACAUUUGAAUUACAAAUAUUGCUUUAAUCACAUUUAUAUUGUCAUAGAAGUCUUUAUGCAAAAAGUUUUUUGCAUUAUGAUGCUAUUAGGUAAGUUUAUAGUUUGGCUGUUGUAAAACAAAAUUGCUCAGUCGGUAGGGCCCCUAUCUCCCUGAAUAAUUUACAGUGAGUUGGAAAAUAAAACUGUGCUCAUAACACAAUCAACGAAAAGUUGAUAAAGCUACCAGUACAUUGUCUAAUUCUGGAGGAAAGUUGCAGUACUGUAUUUGUCUAUAUUGUCUUGUUGUCAUAAAAUAAAAUAGGACCUUUUAAGGUGUCUGGAAUGCAUCCCUAUUUUCCUUGUAACGAUACUCUACUUGUGCAGUUUUUAUUUGCUAGCUGUUCCUGUGAUAGCAUCCUCUAUAUAAAUCAAGUGCCAAUCUCUCAGAAUUUCAAAAACUAAAUAGCUUUUCGAUAUGCCCAAAUUGGAGGAAAAACAAAGGAGCUAUGAUAACCACAUACGUAUUGUAUGUAAAUUGUACAUACGUACAUGUAUUGUAUGUACCAGUAUGUAAAUGGUUUGAGGAGAUAGAAAAGGAAGAUUUAUGGAACUUAAGAUAAAUGAAAGAAGUCGCAUGCGCAAAUUAGAGAACAAAUGAUGUAAUGCAAAUACCAGGAAGUAUCCUUUGAUAAAACCCUCAGUGACUCUGCCUCCUUUGACAUCACUUAUCUAUAUGCUUAUAUUAACAUCCAGAAUGAUAUCUAAGAACUCUUCAGUAUAAUGUAAUACAGUAGUGCUAUAUAAUACCAUAUUGGCCAAGUACUUUUUGACAGUAAUUACUUAAGAAGUAUUUUUUUCCAAACUGGUUUUGAAUCGACUGAUGAUAGUGUGUGCUAAAACCAUCGGCAGUUCUGAAACUUUGUAUACUUUAUCAUGGGGAACAUAAAACAUCAUGAGCAUAGCUAUUUGUGUAACUACUAAUGGGUACAAAGGUAGAAUGUAAAUCAAAAGGAAGUUUUCUUCAUUGUUCAAUUAUCUGGGUUAAGGAUAAUUAUGGUAUUGAUUGACAUUUCUUUCUCUUUGAACUAAUAAAAUAUUCAAAAUUCUAUUUUAAGUUAAUUGUAAUACUGAAAGCACAAAUAUUUGUUUUAGUGCAGAUUUGAAAGUACAGAACAGCAAUCUGUUAUGGUAAUACAGUAAAAAAAAAAAAAAUUUUUUUUUUUUGUUCUCUACAGUAUUGUAUAGUUAAAACUGGGUGGUCAGCAUAUAAUUAUUUCACCAAGAAGUGAUUAAAUUAAUUGAAAUAGUUUCUGCCAACAAGCAUUGUUUCGCUAUUGAGGAAAGGAGUAUUAGUUAUUGUGCAGAUUUGCUAAAUAAAAUCUAUUGUCUGAAGAUUUCUAAAUGUCUUAGCAAUCUCAUUAUGAUCUGAAAAUGUACUCUUGUUCUGUGUGUUCACUUGAUUCUUGUUAUCCUAAAUACAGGACAACACUGUAAUAACAUAGAUUUCAAAAUGGAGCUUGUAAGUUGUACCGAACAGGCAUUCUUAUCGUGUCUGUUUAGUAGGACUUAGUGGGCGAGUUUAAUUGGUGAACUCAAGUUGAUUUACAUAAUAAUUUGACUUCAUUAUCAAGCUAUGCAUGAAGCACUUGUUUUAAGAGUCACUGAAGUUGAAUUUUCUGAGCAAAUGCCUGUUAUGCAGAAGUCUUAAUGAUUACAGGAUGCAAAUUGUGACUGGUAGCAACAUUUGAAUCUCCACGAAAGCAUAUUGCUCAUAAGUCGGGUAUCUGCCAAAGAAUUAAUUUGUGUCAUUUUCCCAUAAUGGGUAACCUAUUUUUUUAUGUCCAUUCUAUAAGUCUUGGUGGACUAUGACACAUUCAUGUUAGUACAGUUUUAUUGCUGCAGCAUAUUCAUUCUAUAUAAUUAAUCACUGCCUGACUUUUUUUAGAUUAUCCUAAAUCUUUCCUGGUUGAAAAGGAUAUUUUCUGAUAGUAUACAGGACAAUACUUCAAAUGUUGCUCUCAGUCCUUAACAUUAGAAACUAUGGAGUUGUACAGUGGUGAAAGAUUUAGGAGAUAUUGGAAGACCAGAUCUGUUAUAACUGCAGACAACUUGUCUAUUGAUUAUAGAUAUACCAUAUAGAAAUAGGUUAUGUUAGUGCCUGUAAAUGUGGGAAUUUACUUGAGUGCAGCAAUUAAAUAGGGCCCUAAUUUGUCUGGCUGUAUCAGUCAGGGGUUAAUUGUGAAUUGAUCAUGUCACAAUUAUUCAUAUAUUAAGAUCUGUAGUCACAAAUUGAAGUAGUGCUAAGAAUUUAACCCGUGCCUCGUUUUAAAAGUUUACAGUGAAUUUGUGUCGUUGCAGCGAGUAUGGAAGUAUGAGGAAGUCGGUCUUAUUCAUUGUAUGGGAGAGGGAAGGGUUAUUUUUUUCUGUGGGAUCAGUCUUAGCCAUAAGACCUGCAAAAUGUAGGAUAUAAUUAUUGAAAAGUUGUGGGAAAAUGUAGAGUAUAUUUUGUUGUAAAUUAGGUAAGUCGAAAUGAUAAAAUAUAGUUUGACUGUCCAGUGCAUAUUGACUAAAAAUACUGAAUUAUUUUUUAUCUUUUAUUUCUGUAUUUACUGUCAAAAUAUUGUUUGUUCUUGGACUUCAGUAUAUGAUGUUGCAUUAAGCAGUAUCUGAAGAAAUCUGCUGACAAUUAAUUACUAUACAUGUACAAUACAACUUGCGCUUCAGGACUUCAGUGUCAAAGCACCAUAUUUGUGGCAACUCAUAAGCAGCUUCUGUGCCAUGUGAUUUUUUUUUCUUUAACAUACCAGUACUCUAGUUCUUGACACUUAUGUAGACAAUUUUAUUAUUGAAGCUAGGCUGCCAUUUGUGCCAUAAGGGUGGAUGUCAUGGUGGAACAUUCCAUCAUUAUUCAAGAAAAAUUAUCCACAGUUUGGACUGUCUGAUACAAUUUUGUUAAUGCAUAACUUCAUGUCCAUUUUGUAUUUUAGAGUGAGGUAAUUGCACUAUGAUGACAGACUCAACUAUUCCUUCUUUGAGGACGACUUUUGUUUGGAAAGGGCUCCAAAAGUUAUUCUGUGAUUAAAAAUCAUGGAAAUAAUCUGGUAAGUAUGACUAAGAAUUAUUUCCUCCUCGUUUUGUGAAUUUUUUAAAAUAGUUUGAGCUCUUUAUACAGUACCGGUAUUAUUUGUAAAUCACAUGACAAAAAUUCCUUACAAAUUUUUCAAAGUCAGUGAAUAAACUUGUGUGCCAGUGUGCAUAUUUAAUAUGGAAUUUUAAGUCAUUUAGUGUUACAAGAGGUUCUGCUGAGACUUGUCUUUGUGCUGGGUAUUUACUUGUAUGAUUGAUAAGUUUAUCCUCGGCUGAAAGUGUUCUCUUUGCUUCUUGUAGAACAUUUGAAGUGUGACUGCAGUUUUCUCCAAGCAAAAGUGUUAAAAGAAUAUAAUUCAAAUUAAUUUUGAAGAAAUGUCUUGCUGAUCAAGGGUACUUGGUCCUUUGGUAUGGGCAGGACUCUGUACUUAAGUUUUUUUAUUUAAUGAUUGCAUUGGCCACCCUCGGAAACAUUGGCUGUUAAGGUUUUAUAUAAAUUUAUGCUGCAACUUGUCCAGUAGUUUGGCACCCAUUAUCAAAGCUUCCAAAGAUUACUAGUCUGUUUUUUGUAUUUGGUUUAACUGUUCUUUCUAAUGCUUUGCUGUCUUCUCUUGCUCUUUUUUUUUUUUUUUUUUUUUUUUUUGACGCAUUUGUAAUUUUGAGUACAAGUAAUUACUAUUGAAAUUGAUAGCCAAACUAUGUGGAAAUCAUCAAAUAUUUUACACUGCUAUUGGCUGCUGGCUCUAAAGUAAAGAAAUAUCAAUGACUGAAGUGUUUCAGAAACAUACUGCAUGCAUCAUCUGUUCCAAAUGUGAAUUAAUUAUGACUAAACAUUUUUAUUUUAAUAAGAAUUAAAAUGCAUACUCUUCAUUUUUUUUUCCUGGAUGCACAAAUUAUUGAAUGGACUUUCACUUUUAACUGUGACCAUUUAUUUAAUGUAACAUAGUACCAAGUUGUUCCUGAAAUUUGUAAGUAGUAAAUUCAUGAACUUUGUAUCCCUGUGUACUAAAAUUGUGUUUUUUUUAAUUUGCCCACGGUUAUUGAGCUUGUAAUCACGUACUAAUCUUGUUAAGUGGUCUAUUUUCCAAGAACUUUAUCAUCCAUUCCACAGUGAAUAAGAGAAUCUUUGUGAAUGCUGUAUAAGGAUGUGAAGGCAUUUAUUCACAGGUUUUUGUUUAUGAUGACUAUUAUUUUGAAUCCACAUCAAUUGAGGCAUCAUUGUUUAAUCCAUGUUAAAUUGACUUUAACCAAGUAAUUUAUAUGCACAUUAAAACUGAUAAGCUGGUUAAACAAUAUUAGGCAAGUGUUAGUAUUGAUAAUUAUUGUUUACCUUUUUCUUUAUUUUUUUGUGAAUGCAUCUGAGAACUCCACAAUUAAUUUUAUUUAUCUCAUUAUAACAAAUUUCUAAAGUUAAUGUAUAAACUUCCACACUCAACUCUCCUUUUAGAUGACUUUUAGAGCUUUAUUAAAUAUACCAAAUACACAGAGGACUACAAAUGGUUGGCAAUAACUGUUAUUAUAACUAACUAGUUUCCCAAAAACUUGGAAUGUAAAACUAGUUGAGCACUGUAUGUGGAAUUUACAGUAUUUGCUGUACUAUAUCUCAGGAGAGCUGUGUUCAGAGUGAUAACUCAUGGUAGAUACAGCACCCUAAAAAUGGUGGUUAAGCUACUAUUAAAUAAUGUGCAACUGCAAGGUGGCAAAUUUUCUUUAUUUUUUAUUUUAAUCUGUUGGAUGAAGUGCAUUUUUAAUUUUAAUAUUUCAGUAGCAGGGGUAUUAAAAUACAAGUUUUAAAUGCAAAAAAUGAAGCAUGUUUAGCCUUAUUUCUUAAGACAUCUUUGGAGAGUACAAAAUCAAUCAUUCCCAAUACUCGUUGACAAUAAAAGUGAAUCUGCUUUUGAAAUGUACAUUCUAUGGACUGUCUUGAUCUCACUGGGUGUCUUAAGAAUAUGGCUGCAUCAACAUAUGCGCAGUUAAUUUAGCAAAUCUUGAGUUGUCAUAUCAUCCCUUUUAUAAAUUACCAGGUGUGUAUUUGUUUCUUGUUCAAAGCCAAUAGUUUGUUUCUAUGCAGGACCAAGUUAUUGAGUGGAAUUCUGUUGUGAAUGUAUUUAUUGUGCAAAUUGUUUAAUUUACAAUUGUAAUAGGAUUGGUUCUAUGUGCUAUUACCAAUAUAUAUAAUCUAAUGCCUAUACCAGUGGGAUGGAAAAUAAUUUUUUAUCAAAAAUUAGUUCUGUCAUUUUUAUUCAAAUUAUGAUCCCAUCUGUUGUACAUUUAAAAAGAAAGCCAAUACACAAAUUGAAUGUGCUUUUUACUGCAUAUAUGUGCAGGAGUACAGAGUUUGGCCUUGUGAAUCAUAAGGUAUUUCUUAUAGUGAAGAAUGUAAAUGCAGGACUUAGCAUGAUUAUUACUUUGUGGUCAGGGCUUCAGUGGUAUUUAGUGGCAAUAGAAGUAUCCUUAAAAAAUUAAAAACACUUUGAUGUAAAGGCAGAAAGCAUGUUGUGAACUGAACCCAUAUUUCAGGAAACGAGUAAACUUUGAUUAAGUUUUAGAUUGUCGCAAUAUAAUGUUUUAAUGUGUAAAAACUAAAUAAACAGCAACCAAUUAUCAGAAUGGGAAAAAAUGUUUUGUAUCGGUGACUUUUUACUCACUGGAAGGCUAUGAUAUGAAGGGAAAGGAUAGUUUGGAAAACAAAAUUGGAUACUGUAUGUGCAUUUUCAUAGAAAACUGAUGACAUUUUAAAUUUCUUGCUUGAUAAUGAAAUGAAUGGGCACGUUAUUUUGGAUGAAUACCCAUAGUGUUGCUGUAAAGUGUGGCUAUAAUGUACUUCUCUAUGCAAUACGUAUAACCGAGUCUUUAAGUGCUGAAAAUAAAAGGGGCAACAGAUGCUCUUCAUAAGCAUUUAUUGUGAAAAUUGUUUUCUGGAUCACUUUUGUAGAUUAAACUAAGUAUUAUACAUUCAGAGCCAAAAAUUUGUGUUCUGUAUAUCAAAUCCUUUCUCUGUACAUUGUGCUAAAGUUAAAUGUUUCAAAAAGGAAAACAUGACUUAAAUGUGUAUAGAGUAUGGUGACUUGUUUUACCCUCAGCCUUCAGAACUGUAUAUAUCUACUACAAAGAAUGCAACUGCUCCACCAUAAAUUUUUAUAGAAUCAAUUCUAUCUUGAAGCAAGAUGAAUUUAUAAAUGUUAUAAUAAGAACCAAUGUAUCUGUGGAGAGCUAGUGUGUGUGCUGAUGUCGGGAAAUUGUAGUGCUCAAGUCAUUACUUGACUCGGUGAGGCAGUCAUGUUGCCUUCUCUCUGCAGGCACCAGUGAUGACAACAUGUGCAUCAAAGAUUUCUGUAUUAUUCACUAAUCAAAUGAUUAAAAUCUUCUAUUUCCUCAAGUAGGUUUCACUUUUAAGAGGCAAUGUACAGCUUUGUUCAUAGGAUAUCUUUAAUUUCAAUGAUAAAUAAUUAUUAAACAUCAAUAAUUUGUCUGGUAUGUGUAGUUGGAUUUGGUUCUCUCCCAAAGGAUGAUGAAUUUUGUAGAAUCAAAUACUUUACUGUACAAUCCAUUUAUUUUUUGUCAAGUUUACUUGUAACUUGUGAAUAUUGUGUUCAUGGAAUGUUUUUUAUUGUGUAAUGUAUAUUAAUACAAGAAUGCAAAAGUAAAGUUUUGCAGUUUGCUACAUUUACAAUGAGGGUGAAAUAUGCAGUAACUCUGAUAUACUCUUGUUGCAACACUACGGGUCUGUGGUAAGCCUCCAAUAUGUCUGCUGCUGUCUUGAGAGACACUACACUCAAUACCAAAUAGGACUUGAAUUUUCAUUUUAUAUAAACAUAACUGUCAAGUAAAUAAUAAACGUAAGCAUUUUA